AUGGAUUUCGUCAACAAGCUCACCGGCGGAAACAAGGCUGAGGGUCAGCAAGCCACUACCCAGGGCCAGGAACAGCAAUCCAGUGGCGGCGGUUUUAUGGACAAGUUGAACGGCAUGGCUGGAGGCGGCAAGGAGAGUGAGAAGAGUGAGGAUGCUCUUGAUAAGGGUGUCGACUGGGUCCAGCAGAACGUUUUGGGCCAGGGAGCUCAAGAUAACGAGAGCGCUGCAGAGCAGGCUAAGGACGAGCAGAUCUCUGACUUCAUUCGCGGUCAAUACAAGAACAAAACUGGCAGCGACAUCCCGAUCAAGGACAAGGAAAGAUUUUAG